CCCUCGUCUACUCCACCUCUAUAUAUAAGCUCCCCGGCCGCCUCCGCUCUCCUCCGCUAGCUACUCUACCUCGAUCUCUGCCGCACAUCGCCCGACGACGUCCAGCAAAGUUCAGCCACCAGCUCGACCCACACGGCAGGCUCAGCUCAGCUCCGACCACCCGCGCACGCACGCGCCGGCGAACGUCGACCUAUAUAUACAUAUAGGAUCCACCGAUCGAUUUGAGGGGUUGGACUGAGUUGAUCGGAAGAGGAUGAGCUGCAACGGUUGCCGCGUGCUGCGCAAGGGUUGCAGCGACGCCUGCGUGCUGCGGCCAAGCAUCGAGUGGAUCGACGGUGCGCAGCCGCAGGCCAACGCCACCGUCUUCGUCGCCAAGUUCUUCGGCCGCGCCGGCCUCGUCGCCUCCCUCGCCGCCGUCCCGCUGCACCACCGCCAAGCCUUGUUCCGGUCGCUUCUGUACGAGGCGUGCGGCCGGACGAUCAACCCGGUGAGCGGCGCCAUCGGGCUCAUGUGGACCAGCAACUGGGACCUCUGCCAGGCGGCCGCGGACGCCGUGCUACGCGGCGAGUCGCUGCGUGCGCUCUCCGCCGUGCCCACCGCCUUCACCGACCGCGACAUGGCGGGACUCUACGGUAACGUCGGCACCAACACCGGCAGCUCCUCCUCGCUCCACUCGUCGCCGGAGAACUCCUCGUCCGCGCCCUCCAGGAAGCGGAGCAAGAACAACUGCGGCGUGGGCGUGGCACAGCAGCAGCCGAUAAACCUCAUGCCGCCGAUGCUGCAGUCGUGCGAGCUGGACCUCUGCCUGACUCCCGUGUCGCCCCUAGGCGGCGAGAGGCGGUGCGGCGGCGGAGGCGCGUCGGACGAGUACUCAACCACGACGUGCUGCGAGCAGGAAGCCAGCGGCGACGCUGAGGCCGGGGCCCCGGCGCUGCUGAACCUCUUCAGCUGAGACACUGAUUGUAAACUGUAAUUGUUCAGAUCGAGUCAGCGCAGGGUUCAGGUUCGUCUGGGGUGGGGAUUAACUAGUUGCAUCGGUGUCAGUUUAUUAAUGAUGAAGCUUUUUGGGACGGACGUGUAGCUUGGUUUUGCAAUGAUCGGUCAAUGUUCACAAGUUGUUGACUAUCUGUUGGAUCAACAAAAAUGGAGUGAUCCGUAGUGACACAUAUAACACCUAUUUGGUGUUGUGCUCACACCUACAGGUCGUGAAGUGCAGAUAGGGUUUUGAACUGACACUGUAAUUUUCGCACCUAAAAAUCCAUAUCAGGUUUUAAAGA